AUAUGGUUGAGAAGGAAACUGCCAGGAGCCGGUUUUAAAACUGAAGCCUCCGCCCAUCUGUUCUUCGCCUGCGAUGCGCACAUCAUAGGCCCCACCACCACCACCUCCAUCCCAUCUUUUUUACCAUUUUCUCUGUCUACAUUCCUUUUUCCAUAUCUAUUUUAUUUAUUUUUUUUUAUAUAUAUUUCUUUUAUAUUUAUAACAAUGAAGAACAACAGCGACAACAUCAUUUUCAAGUUUCAAAGUUCUGUAGCCUCCUCCAAUACCCUCCCAUUCUCUGACUCAGCCAGUUCAGCGAAUUUCGAUUCCAUGGAUUCGCCUUCCUCCGUUGGUGAUUCAAUUCGGGUCGCGGCGCGCUCCUCGGUCAUUGACUCCUUCCGCGGCUGCGGCCUCUCCGGAAUCCGAAUCGAUAAAGAGGAACUAAAGCGCGUCAUUUUAUUGCCCCAAUAUCUUCGACUUGCCAUGCGCGAUUCCAUUAAUUCCAAGGAUCCAAACGCCGGCGACCACCAUCUCGAAGGAGCCGAGAAUGCUGAGUCGCCGGAGUGUCCCAUUAUUGUGUUUAUUAACUCCCGCAGCGGUGGUCGACACGGGCCUGAGCUGAAGGAGCGGCUUCAGGAGUUGAUGAGUCGCGAACAGGUGUUUGACCUCUCAGCUGUGAAGCCCCAUGAAUUUAUCCAGUAUGGAUUGGGUUGCCUAGAGAAGUUGGCUAAACAGGGAGACCAAUGUGCUAAAGAGGUCCGGGAAAAGAUGAGGAUCGUGGUUGCAGGAGGAGAUGGUACUGUCGGUUGGGUGCUAGGUAGUCUUGGAGAGCUUGACAAACAGAAUCGUGAACCAGUUCCUCCUGUUGGAAUUAUUCCACUCGGAACAGGCAAUGAUUUGUCUAGGAGUUUUGGUUGGGGGGGUUCAUUUCCUUUUGCCUGGAAAUCAGCUGUCAAAAGAUCUCUCCACAGGGCUACUAAAGGUCCAAUUUGCCGGCUUGAUAGUUGGCAUGUUCUGAUAUCAAUGCCACCAGGUGUAAUUGUGGAUCCGCCCCAUUCUCUGAAGCCUACAGAAGAAUGUGCUCUUGAUCAGGGUUUGGAUGUAGAGAGUCAGUUACCUGAGCAAGUGACUUGCUAUGAGGGAGUCUUUUAUAAUUACUUUUCCAUAGGCAUGGAUGCCCAAGUUGCCUAUGGCUUUCAUCAUUUACGGAAUGAAAGACCUUACCUUGCACAAGGUCCAAUUUCAAAUAAGAUAAUCUACUCUGGAUACAGUUGCACUCAAGGUUGGUUCUUCACACCUUGCAUGAGUGACCCUAGUUUAAGGGGACUCAAAAACAUCUUAAAAAUUCAUAUUAAAAAGGUCAAUUGUUCAGAAUGGGAGCAGAUUCGAGUUCCUUCAAGUGUGAGGGCAAUAGUUGCUUUGAAUCUUCAUAGCUAUGGAAGUGGAAGACAUCCAUGGGGUAAUCUGAAGCCAGACUAUUUGGAAAAGAAAGGUUUUGUUGAGGCUCAUGUCGAUGAUGGGCUUCUAGAAAUUUUUGGCCUAAAGCAGGGAUGGCAUGCUUCAUUUGUAAUGGUGGAACUCAUCUCUGCCAAGCACAUUGCACAGGCUGCAGCAAUCCGAUUGGAAAUCAGAGGUGGAGAGUGGAAGCAAGCAUAUAUGCAGAUGGAUGGGGAGCCAUGGAAACAGCCAAUAAACAAUGAGUUUUCAACAUUUGUGGAGAUCAAGAGGGUACCUUUUCAAUCACCUAUGAUAAGCGGGGAGUAAGUGUAUUGGCAUGGUUCGAAGUCUGACAUGGAUCCUGGACUUUUUGAAUCUUCGUAACAACAUAGGGAUCAAUAUGAAUCCUUAUUUUAUCACCCAAAGGGUUUGUAAUUUAUAAUCAUUUGCUUAAUUUAAUUAUGUGCUGGGGACGUGUCUGUAUCAGUUUAAUUUUCUGUAAAUUUUAUGUGUUUUCUUUUUUUAUAAUUGCAAAGGCUAGCUUAUGAAGGGGUUGAACCCCAGUUUUACUA